AUUUAGUUGGUAUGUUGUUGUUUGUUUUUAGUUUAUUUUUCAUUUAUUUAGGAUACGAUACACUCUAAUGUUCAUCUUGUUCCGACUGUUCCAAUACAAAGUUGUAGUAGUAUAGUCAACAAAAACGAUCUUGGUGGAAGCGUAGCACUGAUUGAACGUGGGGAAUGUUCGUUUGUAACAAAAGCGAUCAAUGCGCAAGAAGUUGGUGUUAUCGGUGCUAUUAUUAUGGAUAAUGAUAAAGAUAAUAAGCAAGCAGUUAUCGAUAUGUUAGAUGAUCAGACAACACGAAAUGUUAAAAUUCCUGUGAUGUUUAUCACGUAUGAUGACGGACAUAUGAUACUACAGUCAAUAAAGCGAAAUAAUUUUAUUGGUGCUCUUAUUAAUAUACCACUUAAUUUAAGUCAUACAGAUGUGUUCAAAGCAAGAAAAGCUCCUUGGUCUUAUUGGUUGUGA